GAACCAAAACCGUUUCUUAAUUAAUCCAUCAUUCAUUAUUGUUCAAUUUCAAUCCGAACCAAACCAGAUUCAAAACUGAAAGAGCAGAGAAAUUUUGGUGAGUGUGUGAAGAAGAAGUGGAUUGGAGAAAAACAAUGGCUAGCGGAGGAGGUUACGGAGACGCGAACCAGAAGGUAGAUUACGUGUUCAAGGUGGUGCUAAUAGGCGAUUCCGCGGUGGGGAAGUCGCAGAUUCUUGCGCGCUUCGCCAGAAACGAGUUCAGUUUGGACUCGAAGGCCACAAUCGGCGUCGAGUUCCAAACGCGCACUCUGGUAAUCCAGCACAAGAGCGUCAAGGCUCAGAUCUGGGACACUGCGGGCCAAGAACGAUAUAGAGCGGUCACAAGUGCAUACUACAGGGGUGCUGUUGGGGCAAUGUUGGUUUAUGACAUCACAAAACGUCAAAGCUUUGAUCACAUACCUCGUUGGUUAGAAGAACUGCGUAACCAUGCUGAUAAGAAUAUAGUUAUCAUUCUUAUAGGAAACAAAAGUGAUCUUGAGAACCAGCGUGCAGUAUCCACAGAGGAUGCAAAAGAAUUUGCCGAGAAAGAAGGGUUAUUUUUCUUAGAGACCUCAGCACUGGAAGCAACUAACGUUGAAACAGCCUUUAUGACUGUUUUGACAGAAAUAUUCAACAUUGUCAACAAAAAGAACCUAGCUGCUGAUGAUAAUCAGGGAAAUGGCAACUCAGCAUCUCUGUCUGGUAAGAAGAUUAUUGUUCCUGGUCCUGCACAAGAAAUCCCCAAGAGGAGCAUGUGUUGUCAGUCCUGACUUUUCUUUAUAAUUUGUUUAAAUUUACUAGAUUUCAUGGUUAUUAUCACCAAUUUUUAAUGGUUUGGUGCAUUUCCUUUUGUAUAUUUUUACAUUAUUUAAAAUUUAUUUUGCAUGAGUUGCUGAUUAAGAGUUAAGACCAGCAUAGGGAAGUACUUACAAUUUGCUUGGUAUAACGUACGUAAGAGAUAAAACUUUAA